AUGACCACAUCCAGCAGGCAGAGCUCUUCUACGUCUAUGGUCAACAACUUGGCCAAAAUAUUCGAUCCAAACACUUUGCAAAACCAAGGGCCAGAUAAUGGAAUGGAACCUCCUCAAACUCUUCAUGUUGAGAGAAGUGAUGUCAGCACGUCUGAAAGUUUCAACAUCAUGGAUGUGAAGUUUGCCUCCCUUGAAGAGAAAAUUGAUAAACUGUUGACUCUGCAAGAGAAUGUCCUUAAGAAGCUUAACAGUGUUUCCCAAGAAAUCUGUUGCAUUGAAAAAGACAUGGAGAUGGUAAAGGCGGAAACAUCUGAACCUGGAUCAAGGAUGGAAAGAAACAAAAAAAUGAGAAAUAAUGAAGUGAAGAGACUUUGCCUUAAAAUGAAAAAAUCUCUUUCUGAUAUAAACAGGAAAGCAGAGCAGCAGGUUAAAAGGCUAGAUGGACUUGAACAAAGUGUUUCUGGACUACAGAAACUUGUAGGACCUCUGGUAGAGAGGGUGAAAACAUUAGUAAUUCAUAAUUCAAGUGUAAAACAUCAUGUUAAAAAACGUAAAGCUUGCAAGGCAGGAGCUGGACAUCCCUUUAGGAUGCAUGUUUUCUCGGAGACAACAGCUGGUGAUCUGCUCAAGAAGAAAAAUGAAAAGGUCGUCAAAGAAAAGUCACAUUUCAAUGAAACAGAAACAAAAGAAAAGAAGCCACCAGAUUCAACAGAUGGGGACAUCCAGCAGAGUCAGUCCUGCUCUCAGGAAGAAGUUGAUAAGCUCAACAAGGAAAAUGCGAAGAGGGAAAGUUCUGUUCUGCUUGAAGUGGAUCCUCCCAAAUUUCAUACUGAAGAGUCAGAUGAGAAAGAAGAAAGUUUGUCUUUAGAAAGCCAUUACGAAUAUAGGAGAAACUCUUUCCAGGAAUCCUUCACUCCAGAACAGAAACAGGAAGAAGAUGCUGUUAAUGAUGCUUGUCAAAAACUAACUGUGCAGAAGACAGAGAGUGAGUCCCCAACAGAUGAGGAGAAGAAGGAACAUCAGGUGCCUGAAGAUGCACUUGAGGAACAACAAAAGGAGAAAAAGAAUGAAGGGGAGGAAAAUGCUGAUAAGAGUGAAAAAGGUGCUGAGGACCCACCAGCUCCUUCCCAAAAGGAAGAUAAGGCAGAACAAAGUCAUGAUGAAGAGGUAUCAGAGGGAAGGUGUAAAAGCUGCGAAAAAGAUGAUACUCCUACUCCACCAGCACCAUUUGAUCACCGGAUUGUCUCAGCCAAAAGGGUGGGGAUCAGCAAUUACUAUAAUGUCAACGAGGAUGAAAUUCUGGGAGGAGGGCGAUUUGGGCAAGUGCACAAAUGUGAAGAGAAAGCAACAGGUCUCAAGUUGGCAGCCAAAAUUAUAAAAGCACAAGGUCCAAAACAGAAGGAUGAAGUAAAAAAUGAAAUCAAUGUCAUGAACCAGCUGAAUCACGUGAACCUUAUUCAGCUAUAUGAUGCCUUUGAAUCUAAAAAUGACAUUGUACUCGUCAUGGAAUAUGUGGAAGGAGGAGAGUUAUUUGACCGAAUUAUUGAUGAAAACUACAAUUUGACAGAGAUGGAUACUAUCUCUUUCAUAAAACAGAUCUGCAAGGGAAUUCAGUACAUGCACCAAAUGUACAUUAUUCAUUUGGAUCUCAAGCCUGAGAAUAUCCUGUGCGUGAACCGAGAGGCAAAUCAAAUAAAAAUUAUUGAUUUUGGAUUGGCAAGAAGAUAUAAACCCAGGGAAAAACUUCGAGUUAAUUUUGGGACUCCAGAAUUUCUUGCUCCUGAAGUUGUGAAUUAUGAGUUUGUCUCUUUUCCUACAGACAUGUGGAGUUUAGGAGUCAUUGCUUAUAUGCUCCUCACUGGAUUGUCUCCUUUUCUGGGUGAUGAUGACAAUGAGACCCUCAACAAUAUCCUGGCCUGUAACUGGGAUUUUGAAGAUGAGGAAUUUCGAGAUGUUUCUGAUGAGGCCAAAGAUUUCAUAUCAAAGCUUCUCAUCAAGGAAAAAUGCUGGAGAUUAAGUGCAACUGCUGCCUUAAAACACCCAUGGUUAACAGACCACAAGCUCCACUGCAGACUCCAGAAAAAGGCUAAAGGUGGCUGUGUGUCUCAAGCACCCCUGGCUCAAUAACCUCUCUGAAAGAGCUGCCAAACAGAAGAAAAGCUGCUGUGUGGUUACUGCUGCUAAGAGAUUUGAAAAUAUCAGCAGUCUCGGUGCUUCACCCCCCUGCCAUGACUGAGACUUCUACU